AAAUAACCCUUCGUGACUUUCACGUUCUUUUACUGAGAAUUGUCGGUGGCUUUGAGAUCUCAUCCAAGGCUAAUUUUGCCGCGCUAUAAUCAAAAUCAAAGACGUGUUGAGCUGUUCCCACCUUUUUCCCGAUUCUCUCUUUCCCUUUCUCUCUUCUCUCAUUUAUUUUAUUUUUAAAAACCACCUCUUUUGCCAGCUGUAAUCGAAUGAGAAGAGCUUUCUUGGAACUGCUUUACUUUUCCUCCUCAACAGAUCGGACGACAGUCAAGUUUCAAGGACAAGAAAGAUCCAACAAUGGCGCCGUCCUAUGAUUGGUGGGCAAAAGGCAGCCAUAAAGGAACCCCGGUGGUUGUCAAAAUGGAAAAUCCAAACUGGUCAAUGAUCGAGCUCGAAGGUCCAUCCGAAGACGAUUUCCUCAUCGGCAACACCCCAACCGGUCCGCGAGAAAAAGCGCGUGGCAAAAACGCGAAGCAACUCACUUGGGUCCUCCUGUUAAAAGCCCACCGUGCCGCCGGUUGCUUAACCUCCAUUGCCUCCACAUUGGUCAGUCUCGGUUCAGCCAUCCGUCGCCGAGUUGCCUCUGGUCGAACCGACACCGACAAUGACAACGAAACCAACAACACUUCCUCCGUUGAAAACAAAACCGUUAAAACCAGGUUCUAUAACUGCAUCAAAGUGUUCCUUUGGUUAUCUUUAUUGUUACUCGGUUUCGAGAUUGCCGCGUAUUUUAAAGGCUGGCAUUUUGGUGCUCCAAAGCUUCAAUUACAGUAUAUUUUUACAGCGCCUUUUGGUGUUCGAGAUUUGUUCGAUUGGUUGUAUUCUCGUUGGGUUUUGAUUCGGGUGGAGUAUCUUGCUCCUCCUCUUCAGUUUCUCGCAAAUGUCUGCAUUAUUCUUUUCCUUAUCCAAAGCAUGGAUAGGUUAUUCCUCUGUUUGGGUUGUUUUUGGAUCCGUUUCAAAAAAAUCAAGCCAAUUCCCAAGCAAGACGCUGUCGCUGAUCUUGAAUCUGGAGAAGACGGUUUCUUCCCAAUGGUUCUCGUUCAAAUCCCUAUGUGUAACGAAAAAGAGGUUUACCAACAAUCAAUAGCUGCAGUGUGUAAUUUGGACUGGCCAAAAUCGAAAAUUUUGAUUCAAGUUUUGGAUGAUUCUGAUGAUCCAACCACGCAGCUGCUUAUUAAAGAAGAGGUGCAUAAAUGGCAACAAGAAGGUGCGCACAUUGUGUAUCGGCACCGUGUAAUUAGAGAUGGUUACAAAGCUGGUAAUCUUAAGUCUGCCAUGAGUUGUAGUUAUGUUAAGGACUACGAAUUUGUUGCCAUUUUCGAUGCUGAUUUCCAGCCGACCCCUAAUUUUCUCAAACAAACCGUCCCCCAUUUUAAGGAUAAUGAAGAUGUAGGGUUGGUUCAGGCAAGGUGGUCCUUUGUGAAUAAGGAUGAGAAUUUGCUAACAAGAUUACAAUACAUAAAUUUGUCAUUUCACUUUGAGGUAGAGCAACAAGUCAAUGGUGUUUUCAUUAAUUUCUUUGGGUUUAAUGGGACUGCUGGGGUUUGGAGGAUAAAGGCUUUGGAGGAUUCUGGUGGGUGGUUGGAGAGGACCACGGUUGAGGAUAUGGAUAUUGCCGUCCGUGCUCAUCUUCAAGGAUGGAAGUUCGUUUUUCUCAAUGAUGUUGAGUGUCAGUGUGAACUUCCUGAAUCUUAUGAAGCUUAUAGAAAACAACAGCACCGAUGGCACUCUGGACCCAUGCAGUUAUUCCGCCUCUGUUUGCCAGAUAUUAUCCGUGCUAAAAUUAGUGUAUGGAAGAAAUUCAAUAUGAUCUUUCUGUUCUUUCUGCUAAGAAAACUGAUCCUACCAUUUUAUUCUUUCACUCUUUUCUGCAUAAUUCUCCCCAUGACCAUGUUCGUUCCAGAGGCUGAACUUCCCGCAUGGGUUGUCUGUUACAUCCCUGCUACAAUGUCAUUCCUCAACAUCCUUCCGGCCCCAAAAUCCUUCCCAUUCAUUGUUCCUUACCUUCUUUUUGAGAAUACCAUGUCAGUGACCAAGUUCAAUGCCAUGAUCUCUGGUCUUUUCCAACUUGGUAGUGCUUAUGAGUGGGUUGUUACAAAAAAAUCCGGUCGAUCAUCUGAGGGUGAUCUUGUCUCCUUGGUUGAGAAAGAGCCAAAACAUCAACGUUGGGGUUCAGAACCCAAUCUUGAUGAAAUGAAAGCCAAUAUCCAGCAAGAACAAAAGGCUAGGAAAAAGAAGCAUAAUAGGAUAUAUACGAAGGAGUUAGCUCUAGCAUUCCUUCUUCUAACAGCUUCAGCUAGGAGCCUUCUGUCUGCACAGGGUAUCCAUUUCUAUUUCUUGCUAUUUCAAGGGAUAUCCUUCCUUCUGGUUGGUCUAGACUUAAUUGGUGAGCAGGUUCUGUAAAGGACAGAUUAGGAACUUUGUAGGAAAAUGUGGAUGAUAUAAAUACAGCAGGCAUGGGUGGACACCAAAUCUGAGUAUUGAUGCAAAUGAACUUUUAUGGAAGAUUUGAAGAGGGCUGGGAGCACUUUUCAUCGUCUUCUACCCUCUAGUCUAGUCUCUGGUUCCAGUUCCAUCCAAUACAAGAUGAAAUUCUGUUACUUGGACAGAAGAAUGGCAUCAAUUUGGACAUUGGCACACUUGAAAAUGGUGAUACUCUUUAGUAUAUAUAAGGUUUUUCUUUUCUGUUUUUUGAUUCUUUUGUUUUUCUGUCAAUUCUUUUGUAAGAAAAUAUUGUUGUUCAAACAUAAACAGGGUAGAUUAUUGAUCCCUUCUCCUUUUUUCGCUUUACAUACGGAUGGUAAUUGAGCUGAUUUCCUAUUUCCUUUGAAGCUGGAUGUUCCCAUUAGUCAUUUGAUUCAGUUGUUUUACUCACAUUUAGCCAUUGGGAUUCUUAACAUGAUCUAACCUUUUCUCUCACCAAAUCUAGGAAAAGUAAAAAACAUAGAGGCCUUUAUUUGGCAAGGAAACUUCGUUCUUUGAACACUCUUGUUUGCCCUGCAUAUUUGGACAAGUAGCCCUCUUUAGUCUUUACAAACCUGACCCCAAACCCCCCUACCCCCUCUGAUUUCAUGAACGGGAACUAUCUUUCCAAUUAUGUUUGGAUAAGUUGACGAGGAACAGCUACGAAAAGCAGCUCAAAGAAUGAAUCUUGUUAUAUAUCUCACUACCUUUCUGGUCUUCAAAUGGCAGAGUACUAACUCAGUUUAUGCAUUUACUUUCCUUCAUAAAGUUCUCAUCUUUCUUUUAACAGAUUCAGCUUGGCAGUUAAAAUUUAGAUGGAAACAUUAUCCAGGAAUUAAAUUGAGCUUAGAUCUUGUCCUUGGGUAGCUGGGAAGCACAUGGGUUCUCCAUUGUCUGAUUCUUUCGAGUCAUGGGGCUGUAGCCCAUCCCCACAGCUGGCUCACAGAAUUUAUCGUUGGGAAGCAGCUGGACCACACUAGGAUGUGGACCCCCUGAAAUCUUGUUUCGCAUCAGCAUAUUUAAAAAAAAAAUCCCACACGGAAUUUCUCCAAGCACAGACAAAAGAAAAAAAAUUGAAUCUGUUUGAAGGAAGAAAUCUGAACUUGUUUCCGAGGAUAGAUGGUGAUGGAGUUUGUCUGGGACUCUGAGUAGUCAAUCAACGUUUAAUUGGAGAAUGUUUUUUUUUUUAACAGUUUUUACAUUCUCAAAGGGAACUUAAAUUCCAAUGAAAUUUGAAAUCUGAAAUCCCAUUAUCCUCCAGCACUCGGCGGCAAUAAGUCUGCAACAAGUGGCAUCUGAGACAGGAGUGGCAUCUGUGAAAUUGAUUGGCAUGUGGCAUUUGUUUUCGUGGGGUUCCUUUUUUACGUCAGAUUUUCGUUCAUUUGGUUUGGCUUGGUCCCAUAAAAUAAUAUAUCUUCCAAUUCCAAUAUGUAAUUUCCUUUCUUUUUUAUUUUUAAAUAAAUUUCCAUU